UCUGUAGUCAGCCUGCGGUAAGCCUGCCUCUCCGGACUAACCCCGUACGCGCUCGGACUGCUGACAAUCCACCGCGCGCUGCAACGCCACUUUUAUCUACUUUGUUUGGGAAUCACCAACCGUGGACAACCUCUUAAAUAAUAAGGAUGAGAAGUGCUCGUACACAGCCUGAACUCUCUGGAAGUUUGCGGAUUUCUGCCUUCAAGGUUAACGAAGGGAACUGAAGGUCAUGGGAGAGGCGGCUCCGACCCAGGCCACCCCAAGUGGUUUUGCACCCAUGUUGGGCGUCGGGAUGGGAGGAUCAGUCACACCAAUCGCCACUUCAAGAGGAUCAGCCGUUCCUCAGCUCCACAGUGCCAUAGUGGAACGCUUGCGUGCCAGAAUAGAGCUGUGCCGGCGCCAUCACUCCACCUGCGAGGACCGCUAUGUGCGCGGUCAGGCGGAAAGCUCGGACCGGGAACACGAGAGCACACUCCAUUACUUAAACAUCGUCCAUCAGGGCCCCGGGAACAGGAAGAAGGGCAAUAGAUCGGCCUCUCAGCAGCCUCCUGAAUACAGCAGAGUGAAUGGUGAACAUAAAGCCCACAGUUUGUCAGAGGCGGAAUCCAAAAUUUCUUCUCAAAUAGCUAUUUUGAGAAAUGUAGCAUUCCAUCAU